GUGAGCGAACAGUGUGCGACAAGGCCAGAGAUAGAGCGCGUCAUUCCGCCGUAGUGCUCCUUAGAACAUCUGAUCGUCAACAACGGCGCUCAGUAGGCUCCGUUCGGGGAAUUCGUUCAGUUCAAAGUGUGCCGCUGCUUGCUCUCCGCUAAUCCGCACCGUUCCGUAACUAAAUUCUGUGCAAUUUUCCAGUUUUUCCUCUUCGCCUGCCCACAGAAGGGUCAGUUUUCCAGAGCAAUCACACGGAGAAAGAUGAACUCAGUGCACUAGGGUGGAGUGAAGAGCCGACACACAGAGCGUGCCGACGCUUCCUCGGCACCAAGUAAGAUGAUGAUCGACAACUAUGAGUGCGCCGGAUACACGUUCUACUCCAAGUUCGAUUCCGGCAACCUGGGCAAAGUUGAGCUGGUGCGCUGCUGCGAAGGUCUCGGCAUCGUUGGCAGCACCGUAUCGAGUGGCCCGAUUGGCGCGGGCGGACCAGCAGUAGGUGGCUGCUCAUCGAACGUCGGCGGCGUUCCCAUUAUCGGUCAGACCUCCAUCGGGGGCAGCAGCAGUGCGUCAGCGAUCGUAGCAGCAACCCUCGGGGUCGGUCUGCAGCAGCAUGGCGGUGGCCACACCGCCCACAGUGGUAGUGGUGGUGCGCCUCAAGGCGGUGGUCUUGGACUUCCGAUACCGUCGCCGACGCCGCACGCAACCGAAAAUCCGCUGGUGGAGGUAGAAUUCAACCUUUGGACACGGCCCGACUGCGCAGGGACACCGUACGAAAAUCAGAACCGCACCUGGUUCCACUUUGCGGUGACCGGGGGCCGACCGAAUCAGAUCGUAAAGUUUAACGUGAUGAACCUCAACAAACAGGCCAAGCUGUUCAGCCAGGGCAUGCACCCGGUGAUGAAGGUGGGACCGAACGGACGCUGGGAGCGGAUUAAGGAUAAACCAUCGUACUCGAUUACCAACGAUGUCUUCUACAUUUCGUUCCUUCACAAAGCCCCGGAGGUUGGCGCCGAACAGACCCGGAUCUACUACGCGUUCACGUUCCCGUUCACCUACACGGAGCUGCUGGACCAGCUGGCCACGUUCGAUCGGAAGUUUGGCCGGCAUCCGUUCGAGUUGAACAAAAUGGCGUACGAUGUUUCUCAAAAGUAUGAAAGCGCGAUGACGGCGAGUGGUGGUUCCGUGUCCACCCAUAUCCCUCCGGAUGGCGGUGGUGUCAAACUGCGACGGAAGGGGAAACUGUCCAAAACGGAACGCAUGGAUCGCACCAGCCCGGAAUCGUUCGACGAUACGGCUCGCGAUGGUACGACCGGCCUCGUGGUUGCUGCAAAGCAGCAGCCACCGCUGGUUUCGCUGCCACCCGAAGGGAAGCCACCGGCAGCCGGUGUUGGAAUGGUGAUCGACGACAACACUUCCGAGUCGAUGCAGCAAAUAACGAAUCUAGUGAAUAAGGUGAAAAUAGAGUUACCGCAACAGACCACGACGGAAGGUACGCCUCCGGCUCCGGCUCCGGCCACCCUGGUGAAACAAGUGGCCUCAACACCGGGAUCAACGUCGGCGUCACUCACCAAGCUCAAGUUACCGUCGUUUCAUCAGCAACUAAGUGCCAGCAGCAGCAGUAACACUGCUCCGUCGGCGACACUGCCCACUGACGAUGACCCCGGCAAGGGAGACCAGCGGGACGAGAUUUACUACUGCCGCGAACUGCUCACGCACUCGGUCGAAGGGCGCCGGAUCGAGUUGCUCACGAUCAGCUCGUUCCACGGUAUUCAAACGGUGCGCGAGCCGCGCCUUCGCAACCUGUUUCCGGACGAUCAAGCGCAGCGCUGCCAUACGUUUAGGGAUAAGAAGAUUGUGUUUAUCUCGUCGCGCGUCCACCCGGGCGAAACUCCGGCCAGCUUCGUGCUGAACGGGUUCCUCUCGAUGCUGCUCGACCGCAAGAGCAUCGUGUCGCAGACGCUCCGGCGGAUGUACGUAUUCAAGGUGAUACCGUUCCUCAACCCGGACGGUGUGUACAACGGGCUGUACCGAUCCGACACCCGGGGCCACAACCUGAACCGCGUGUAUUUGGGCCCGUGCCACGAAACGCAACCGGCCAUCUACGCGGCCCGCAAACUCAUCAGAUACUAUCACCUCGGUGCGGACGAAGUGGAACCGUAUGAGUUGGAAAGGGAAAAGAAAAGCUCUUCGCCACCGAAGGUGGAAUCUGCUGCGGAAUCGCUCAUCGAUUCGAAUAUGGCUCCAGCUGAUUCCGGUCUCGCUGAGUCCUCGGAAGCCGCGACUACUGCAGCAGCAGCAGCACCAGCAGACGCGGCGACAGUGAAGAAAGAGUCGGAUUCCGUCGAGCAGGACAAUACACCGCCGGCGUCGGAUUCUGGGUUUAGCGAGGCGAGCACCGCGUCCUCGUCGAAGGUGGUUACCAUGUGCAGUAUUUCGUCGACUGGCAGUACGCCUCCGGAGGCCACCGCUUCCGUUGUUACAAACCAGACGCCAGACAGCCAACCAGAAGAUGCCGGUGCUACGGCGACAACGGCGACGGUGGCGGUGCCACCGUCACUCAUGGUGGCCGCCGCAACGGCUGCCGCUCUCGUGACAACGGCGCCCCCGUUGGCCCCGACGAAAGCUUUCACCGAGAAGCUCAUCCCCGAGCUGAACCCGGUCGUCGUGAGCGACGUGAGCCGAUCAUCGUCGGCCGUUACCGUCCCGCGCAGUUCCUCCAGCCUCAGCAUGGUCAGCGGUGGUGGUGGAGGCAAAAAAUCCACCACAGGCGGUGGCGGAAGUGCCAAGGGGGCAGCGAAAGGGCCAUUCCAUCACAAGCAGCAGGGCGUGCUGAGUAAACCACAGUUCAUCGGUGUGACCCCGGGCGGUGCUCUAAAGUUUAAGGAGUAUCUCAUGCACCCACUACAUCAUCACCACCCUCACCACCAUCACCAUCAUCACCAUCAUCAUGCGGCUGGUGCGGCGGCAGCUGGUGGAGGCACAGUGAGCUCCGGAAUGAUGGCAACCGGUGGUCAAGUUGGGAAGUUUGCACUGGGGAGCACCAUCAAAAAGGCGGUGCAGUCCUCCGGGAAACAGUCGUCAUCGAAUGCUUCGUGCUCGUCCGCCUCAUCGCUCGCUGGCCGAACGGUCGGGGAACGGAUUCUGGGUGAUGCCACCGGGGGAAAGAAUCGGCCGCAGACACCCCAGCAGCAGGCACCGGUGGUGGGACCAUCGGCGCUUCCCAGUCACCACUAUCGGUCGCAUCGGAACGAGUACCUAAAUCCGGGUGGCGGUGGACCACCGCUGUUACAGCGCAGUCUGAACAUCAGUCUCGAUUUUCUGGCCCAGCUUGACGAGCGCAACGAUCGGGUGGUGUACGAGGACCGCAGCAAUCUGUUCAUGUAUCUCGAUCUGCACGGGCACGCCUCGAAGAAGGGGGUGUUCAUGUACGGCAACCAUCUGCCCAGCACGGUCGAAGCGGUCGAGUGUAUGCUACUGCCCCGGCUGAUGAGUCUCAACUCGGCGCACUUUCACUUUGACGCGUGCAACUUUAGCGAGCGCAACAUGUACUACAAGGGAAAGCGUGACGGACUGUCGAAGGAGGGCUCCGGCCGAGUGGCGGUCUACAAGUGUACCGGGCUGAUCAAAAGCUAUACGCUCGAGUGUAACUACAACACUGGCAAGUGUGUCAACAUUUUGCCCCCGCGCGGCAAGGAGAUUGUGGCCAAAGCGACCCACACUCUCGUCCCACCGAAGUACACGCCAGGGGUCUUCGAAGAGGUUGGCAAAGCCCUCGGACCCUCGAUACUGGAUUUGACCAACUCGAACCCGCUGUCACGGUUAUCGAACUGCGAGUUCCGCACGCUGCAGGGCCUGCGGAAUGCGCUGCGCAUCGAGAUCGAGCGAGGCUCGUCGAAGGCGCGCGUCACCAAUAAGGGACCUAAGGCGCACUCGAAACGGCUCGCCAAUCAGCUGUCCAGCUCGAUCGAGAUCGCGGCCAAGGAGAACGCCAUCCAGUGGGUGACGACCGGGCCGCUUGCCGGUGGGCAACCGCCCGUCGUGGUGACCAGCACCGGCGGAAACACCGGAGUCACCAUCGCCAGUAGUCCGGUGGUCGUCGCCGGUGGAACCAUGACGCUAAAGGUGGUAACUGGCGCUGGCAGUGACGAAACCGGCGCCAUCUUGACAGCCGCGACCAGCGGCAUCGCAUCGGCCCAACCAGUGGCGGCGGCGACAGGAGCGCAGGCGGUAGUGGGUCGCACCUUCCUAAAGGGCUCCUCGGUGAAGGGGGGCAAAAUCUCCCGCAAGGGUGGCGCCUUUGGCAAGAAGAAGCCGAAAGUGCUCUGCGAUGUCGGUGCCGCACCGGGCGGUGUUGGUGGUAAUGCCGGCAACGGCAAGAAGCUGCAGGAACUGGUGGUGCUGCGAGGCAACAACAAGGAACAGCAUCCCCAGUCAGCGCAGCAGCAAGUGGUGGUGCCCCGCAAGAAGAUCAAAGUGUCCACCGGUGUCGGCGCCGGUGUGGGAGGAAACGGUGCCCCAGGUGGUGGGGGUGGCGGUCCACCCAGCAGUGCGCUGGAGUUGUGCUUCAAAGGAACCCUGCACGGUGUUGGUGGUGGUGUGGUGGCAUCGAGCUCACUGCCCAACUGUAGCGUGGCCGCCCUCACCGCGGCCGAGCUCGGUGGUGCCGUGGCGAAGAAGGUGAAAUCGGAAACGAAACUGUUCGACGCGGCCGAUAUGCUGUGUGACGAUGGCUUCGACACCGCACUGCCGUGCUGUUCCCAUGGUACGGCCACUUCGCGGCUGGUGGCGUCCGUCGCAACGGCGACCACGCCCGACCAUGAGGUGCUGCUGAUCGGUGGUGGAAUCGGAGCCGGAUCCCAACCGAUCGACGGUGGUGGUGGCACGGGCAGUGACAGUGGCGGAAGCGGCAGCAAACCGGGUGGUGUCAUCUCCGGUGCAUCCCUCAAGCCGAAACCGUCAAAGUUGGCCAAAUCGACCAAAUCGGGCAGCAGCGAUGCGAGCAAGAAGCUGCUGAAGAAGAAACGGUCCCUCAAGUCGGACAGUACCGGGCUGAAGCGGAAGAAGACGCGCAUCAAGCCGUCGCUCACCUAGCGAAGGAGGCGCUGCUAAUCGUUUGGCCGCCGUCUUCCUUGAUUUGAUUACUGAGUAUUAACAGAGAGAGAGAGAGAAAGAGAGAGUGGUUAACAGAGGCAAUGCCGCCAACGACGGUCCGCGAUCGGUCGCUGGUGGCUCUUCUGCUGUGCUCAUCUCGCGCAAUAGAGGAUUUAUUUUAAUAAAAACACACAACAAAGAAAGGGAGAAAAAAGAAGAGAAGGAAGACCCCGCUUGGUCCCGGGUUGUUGUUGUGUUGGGCGUGUGAUAUUUUGUACUCGUAUUACUCUAAACAACCACACAGCUUUUAGUUGUAAGCCAUAUGACGAUGUUUUGCUUUUACGCGCCACCACGCUUAGUGUGAUCAUUUGCUUUAUUUGCGUUGCAUUAUCGAUAGCAUGAACCGGAAGUGAGAUGUAGGUUGUUGAAGCUAAAAAGAAGAAGAAAAGCACACCGUGCAAAAGAUUUCGUUUUCUCCGCAUUUCGAUUUUAUUUCAUUUGUUUUAAACACGCAAACGACGAACAGGGAAGUUGACGUUUUCAGGCCGCGACCUGAAUGCCCUGAUAUCUGAGUGCUGCUCCGCCAUUUGGGCCGUGAAACCACAUCACACAUAGGUAGCCUGAUAUCCAGCGUUCGACUAGGUUCUGUCUGAGUAAGCAACUGAAAGAAAGAGAGAAGUGACUCAAAAGGGACUCGCAAGCAAAUGCAUUUUGGGGUUUGUCGAACGGGAACGGAUUUAAAUUAUUCUCUCGCGUAGAUACGCCGGCGAGUGUAGUGUGCCUAGUGUUUUGGAAUUGGUUUGUUGGGGAAAAAGAAAACAUAACACAAACAAUCACCACUGAGCUGCUUGCUUUGAUAGUCCUGAGUAGUAGUAAUGCAACUAACACAACUAAACAACCACCGCGCAAUGGGCUCGCGAACAGAGUAGGCCCUGUCGCAAAGGACAUGCUCAGCAACGAUUCAUAUAGAAAAGACUUGGAACAAACGUGAUAGAGAGAGGGACGCAGAGAGAUGACGAGAGAGAGAGAGCAGUAAA